AUGGCUUCCGUGUUCGUCUUGAUAACUUUUGCAGCCAAAAAAGAGCCAAAACCAAGCUCUCCAAGUAACGAAGCAGAAGACAAAUCCUUGUCUUCUGAACUGACUUCGGAAGAGGAAUCGAUUGCAAAAGCUGACACUGCUCAGGACGAGCCAGAUGAUUCUGACAAUGGUGCUACAAAACUUGCGCCAGCAAAUUCUUCUUCCGGAUCUGAGUCGGAGAGUGAGACCCAAUCGAACAAAACUGAAACUGAAAGUGAACAUGGCGACGCCAAGACAGACUCAUCUGCCUCUACGAAAGUAGAUGAAGUGCACUGUACAGACAGUGCACGCUCAGCGAACGAAAACAAAAGCUCAAAGAGUGGUGAGAUCCAAAAUAACACGGAGCUUAAGAUUGUGAGAACGGCUGAGGGUGAUGUGAAGGUUGAUAACAAUACCGACACGCUUAUACCUCUAAAUGAUGAUGGCGGUAAUAACAACAAACAAGUCACUUUUCUCCUGGGGGAUUCGACGGAUGAGGGGAAGCACACAGAGAAGGAAGUGGCUGAUCGGCAAGAAAACAAAGUUGAGAUUAGUGAAAAGGACACGUUGACGACUGAGAAAGAACUGCACCCUGACUAUGACCGUACAGCCAGUGUGGAUGAUUACGGGGGAACUGUCAAGUUAACAGCAGAGACCAUUAGUGAAGUCUUGUCUAUGCACAAGGUAGAAGAUCUAUUUUGGAGAACUUCUGAGGAUGGAAUGUUAAGGCAGGUAACCUUUAUGAUAGACUAUGGAACAAACUGUGAAAAGAUACUCGAGCAGUUGACAAAGUUAGGCGUGGGCAGUGUGAAUAACAGCUCUCUAAGCAUGUUUCCAGCCACCUACUAUUGUAAGGCCGAUGAUGAUGAAGAGGAAAGCUUGUCAUCUGCUAUGGAAUCAACCAAAGAAGAAAAUGAAGGGUCAAUGGAAGAAUUUCGAAAGUCUAUCAAGUCCAGACUGCUUGUUGCUGAAGUGGUGGAAUCCGUCAAAGGCAACUCUAGACUAACAUUUGAUUACAUCGUUCUCAUUGUCUUAGCCAGUAUGAUAGCGUGUAUGGGGCUUGUGGAGAACAGUUCUGUGAUUCUGGUCGCCAGCAUGCUUGUCUCCCCCUUGAUGGGUCCAAUCAUGGCUGGUACCUUUGGUAUUGUGAUCAAAAACAGUGAGCUGAAGCGUAUGGGAAUAAAGAAUGAGCUGAUCGGUCUGACGCUGUGUGUCGCUUGUGGGAUCUUGUGUGGAAUUGUGUUCGGCCUGUGUGUAGCCAUUCCUGGUAACCAUUGGGGCAGCAGCACCGAGUGGCCAACCAUCGAAAUGAAGUCCAGGGGUCUGUCCCGGAGUUUAUGGGUGGGUGUUCUGAUUGCCAUACCUUCGGGCGCAGGGGUGGCCUUCUCUAUCCUGGGUGGUAAUGCGGGAUCUCUGGUAGGCGUGGCUAUCUCGGCCUCCCUGUUACCUCCAGCCGUCAAUGCUGGUGUCUUGUGGGCCAUCUCUCUCAUCUCUGCCAUUUCACCUCCAGCCAUUAUAUUUAAUGGCACGGUAAUUGGUGAGCCCAACAUGCCAUGCCCGCCAUUCAGGAACAAUGAUUACGUGCCAGUGUACAGCUGUAGCAUGGCUAAGGAGACAAUUCUGCUGGGACUGAUCAGCUUGCUGCUAACCAUCCUCAACAUACUCUGUAUCUUCUUCAUGAGCAUCGUCGUGUUGAAGAUUAAGGAGGUCGCCCCUCACACAGCCACGUCUGCGGCAGCUCAGAGCUUUUGGAAAAAAGACAUUAAGGUAGCGAGGAAGUCGUACAGUACAGUUAAAGGCCCGUAUGGCGCCACCCUCAAGAAGCAGUUCCUGGAGGAAUAUUCGAAAUACUCAGGGAAGAAGGAAGUUCCAAAUGAUGCUGCUUAUCAAGUCAAGACCAUGGUGGAGACAAUGACAAAAAAUCCUGAAGUUACCGAUAUUAGAAGUCGACUUUGUAAUCCAACUGGACUGAAAUUUAACUGGAGUUCUGAGAACGUGUCACCAACUGUAGGAUUUCCUGGCAUGUACCAGACAGUGCGGAACCGCCACAGACCCGAUUCCAUCGUGUACAAGACGAUCCACAGCUACAGUGGGGACACAAAGGUCACCCACAAGGUCCUAAGACGUUCCUCAGAUAACCAGGUGUCACAGAUAUCGGAAACUGAAGACAGCACCAAGAAAAACCGAAAAAAUCUUAAGGUUACCAUACCUCAGUUAAAAAUGCGAAAAUCAAGUGACCUGAACAAGAGCCGUUCAUUUGUGAUCACAACCGUACCUGAGGACACAGAUGAUGGGGAGGUAACCACUCCUGACGGAGGUGCAGCCAUGCCUGCAGCUGAGAGAGAGAAUCUUCUUCAGCCCCAGCCUGUAUAGUAGACCUGCAUGUAAUGCACAGCGUUUUGUUGUCCAAAGCACACAGAUUAGCAGCAGUAGCAUUUUUGUUGUCCUCUACAUAAAGAUACAUGCAUGCAAUGAUAACAUUUUGUUGUCCUCCCCACAAUGAUAUGUAGUGGGAACAUCUUAGUAACAUUUUGUUGUCUUCAGCAUGAAGGUAAUGCAUUGUUAAACUUUUUUGUUCUCAACAGAAAGGUAUUUAGUGGUAACAUUAUUUAAUGAUAUGCAGUGAUAACAUUUUGUUGUCCAUGGCAUAAAGAUAGGUAGUGGGUAACAUUUUGAUGUCCAUGGAAUAAAGAUAGGCAUUGAUUACAUUUUGUUGUCCAUGGCAUAAGGAUAGGCAGUGAUAACAUUUUGUUGUCCAUGGCAUAAGGAUAGGCAGUGGGUAACAUUUUGUUGUCCAUGGAAUAAAGAUAGGCAGUGAUUACAUUUUGUUGUCUUGGCAUAAGGAUAGGCAGUGAUUACAUUUUGUUGUCCAUGGCAUAAGGAUAGGCAGUGGGUAACAUCUUGUUGUCCUCGGCAUGAGGAUAGGCAGUGAUAACAUCUUGUUGUCCAUGGCAUAAGGAUAGGCAGUGAUUACAUUUUGUUGUCCAUGGCAUAAGGAUAGGCAGUGGGUAACAUCUUGUUGUCCAUGGCAUGAGGAUAGGCAGUGAUAACAUCUUGUUGUCCAUGGCAUAAGGAUAGGCAGUGAUUACAUUUUGUUGUCCACGGCAUGAGGAUAGGCAGUGGGUAACAUUUUGUUGCCCACGGCAUGAGGAUAGGUAGUGGGUAACAUCUUGUUGUCCACGGCAUGAGGAUAGGUAGUGGGUAACAUUUUGUUGUCCUCGGCAUGAGGAUAGGCAGUGAUAACAUCUUGUUGUCCAUGGCAUAAGGAUAGGCAGUGAUAACAUCUUGUUUUCCAUGGCAAAAAGAUAGGCAGUGGGUAACAUCUUGUUGUCCAUGUCAUAAGGAUAGGCAGUGAUAACAUCUUGUUGUCCAUGGCAUAAGGAUAGGCAGUGAUAACAUCUUGUUGUCCAUGGCAUAAGGAUAGGCAGUGAUAACAUCUUGUUUUCCAUGGCAAAAGGAUAGGUAGUGGGUAACAUCUUGUUGUCCAUGUCAUAAGGAUAGGGAGUGAUAACAUCUUGUUGUCCAUGGCAUAAGGAUAGGCAGUGAUUACAUUUUGUUGUCCACGGCAUGAGGAUAGGUAGUGGGUAACAUUUUGUUGUCCACGGCAUGAGGAUAGGUAGUGGGUAACAUUUUGUUGUCGAUAUAUAGGCCAUGAUAACUUUUCAGAUUUUGUGUGCUCAACGUUUGAGGAUAGUCAUUGAUGACAGUUUACGUGUAAGUAUCAGCAGCAUUUUGGAUAUUGGUGUUGUUUACAUGUUAGAUAAUGCGAUUCCCAGCAGUUUAGCACAGGCAGUGACAAUAGGUUUAGUUUGCUAACUAUAUUUUCAUUGAUCACUGGAAACAUGUCUGUGUGAGAAUAAAGACAGUAGUAAUGUAUUCUUGGUUUUACCUCCACAAGCAUUUAAAUAUAAUGGUCAUGGAUGAAGCAUUUUAAAUUUUGCUUCCUGUGUGUGUGAGAAUUAAGCCAGUAGCAAUGCAUUUUAGAUUUUGCUUCCACAAGCAUUAAAAUUUCAUGGUCACGAAUAAGAACAUGUAAUAUUUUAUUUCCUUCUCAUCUGAGGGAAGGCAGUGGUGACAUUUUACAUUUUGCUUCCUCAGUUUGUGAGAAUAGUAGUUAGUAAUGUAUUUAAAUUUUGUUUCUAUAGCAUUUUAAUAUAGCGUAUGUUGUGUUUUCUCAGCAAAUGUAAAAGAGACAUUUUAGAUUUUGUUUAUGGAGCUCUUGAUAAUGGGCAGUGGAGAAAUUUUUUUGAAUACAAGCAGAUAUUUAUCUGAAUUUAAUGAUUAAGUUUUGAUGGUCAAGUUGUUGAUUGUGUUUUAGUAUUUAAACAGUUUGGCAGUGAGUUUUUACUGGAUGUUUUAUAAUGUAUACACUAUUUGAGUACAAGAACCUGUUAGAUGCGACCACAUCCACAUCCCCCCCCCUCCCAACCCCGUACACACAUAUGUCC